GUCAGAGGCGUCCGGGGCCUGUGCCGUCUGCCCGACAUGGACGAGGCUGACCGGCGGGUCCUGCGGCAGUGCCGGGUGCGGCUGGUCAGCGAGCUGCAGGUGGCCGCGCUCUGGGACAAUCUGCUGAAUCGCGAGCUCUUCACCCCCGACAUGAUCGAGGACAUCCAGCGGGCAGGCUCUGGGUCUCGGCGAGAUCAGGCCAGGCAGCUGAUCAUAGAUCUAGAGACCCGAGGGAGUCAGGCCCUUCCUUUGUUCAUCUCCUGCUUAGAGGACACAGGCCAGGACACUCUGGCUUCGUUACUGAGAACCAGUAGACAAGCAGCAAAGCAGGAUCCAGAGGCCAUCAGACCCCUGGACCUCAAGCCUGUGGUGCUCGGACCAGUGAGCCUCAAACCAAAGGAGCUGAGAGGGGCGAAGCGGGAUCCAUCGAAGCCGAGCCAAGGAAAACUCGCUCCAGUGGUGCUGGGGCCUGAGGAGCUCUGGCCAGCCAAGCUCAGGCCCGAGGUUCUCAGACCAGAGGCACCCAGGCCAGUGGACAUUGGUUCUGGAGGAUUCAGUGAAAUCUGUGCUCAGGACAGAGCCAAGGGAAAUGCCGACUUGGCAUACGUCCUGAACGCAGACCCCUGUGGACACUGCCUCAUUAUCAACAAUGUGAACUUCUGCCACGAGUCGGGGCUCAGGACCCGCACGGGCUCCAGUAUUGACUGUGAGAGGAUGCAGCAACGCUUCCACUUGCUGCAUUUCGUGGUGGAGGUGAAGUGUAACCUGACUGCCAAGCAAAUGGUCCAGGCUUUGGUGGAGCUGGCGCGGCGGGACCACGGUGCUCUGGACUGCUGCGUGGUGGUCGUCCUCUCUCAUGGCUGUCAGGCUAGCCACCUCCAGUUCCCGGGCGCUGUUUAUGGCACAGAUGGAUAUCCCGUGUCUGUCGAGAGAAUCGUGAACAUCUUCAACGGAACUGGCUGCCCCAGCUUGGGAGGGAAGCCCAAGCUCUUCUUCGUCCAGGCCUGUGGUGGAGAGCAGAAAGACCAGGGGUUUGAGGUGGCCUCCACUUCCCCUGAAGACAGGACCCCUGACAGCGACUCUGAGCCAGAUGCUACCCCGUUCCAGGAAGGCCCAGUCACCGUCGACCAGCCAGAUGCCGUGUCUAGUUUGCCCACACCUAGCGACAUCUUGGUGUCCUACUCCACCUUCCCAGGUUUUGUCUCCUGGAGGGAUACCAAGAGUGGCUCCUGGUACAUCGAGACCCUGGACAGCAUUUUUGAGCAGUGGGCUCACUGCGAGGACCUUCAGACCCUCUUGCUCAGGAACCUUCCUGCUCCAGCCCUGGUGGCGGCUGAGGCCUGGACUUUCCUACAUCUGUGGCUGACACCCAUUGAAGGAUUCUGUAGCCUGUAGAGGUCUGCUCUUUCCCCUCCGGGCUGCAGACAGGCUCCUAGCAGCUUUCAAAUUGGAGCCAAAUGACCAACGAUGGAAGAAGAGGAGCAUAACGCCGUGGACACCACUGGGUUCUUUGCCAGUGGCCCGUUCCUGCCUAGUGGCUGUGGCCUGUGACCCCUGUGUUUUCUCUACAUCAGGGCUUCUCAGCCUCAGCACAGCUGACAUUUGGGGCCAGAGAAUCCUUAGUUGUGGGGCCGUCCUGUGCACUGUGGGAUGUUUAGCAGCACCCUUGGCCUCUCCCCACUAGAUGCGAGCAGCACCCCUUCUCCGAGUCGUGACAACCAAAACUGUCUUCAGACAUUGCCACAUCUCCCUGGUGGGCCCCCACUGGAGAACCACUGAGUUACAGGAAAUUUUGGUGACAAACAGACCAGCAUCUCUUUUAGAUCAGCAGUUUGGAGCUACUAGAGUCUGAAGAGUUAGAAUCUGUGAAUCCUAAAUGAAGUUUUAAAAAUGAUCAAUAUUUGUCUAUAUUGCAGUGUUCUUAAAAACAAAACAAAACAAAGCAAAACCUUAGGUGAAUAUGGACUCUCUUUCACCUAUUUCUCCCCCCCAUUU